GGAAAGAACAAGGAGGCUAGACUCAGAAAGUUUCCCACGACUGACUAUAAAUCCGAGCCGGAUUUUUCCCUACAAAUUUGAACAACUCCUCUAGGCUCUUUAUCAUGUCCCUUUCCAACAAGCUUUCCAUUACUGACCUCGAUCUCAAAGGGAAACGCGUACUUAUUCGUGUUGACUUCAACGUUCCUCUGCAGGAUGGAAAGAUCACCAACCCCGCUCGUAUUGUAGCUGCAUUGCCCACCAUUAAAUAUGCCCUUGAGAAUGGAGCUUCUGCGGUCAUUUUGAUGUCCCAUCUUGGACGUCCUGACGGCAAAGUGAACGAAAAAUACUCCCUUAAACCUGUUGCCGCCGAACUCGAAUCUCUUAUUAGCAAACCAGUCACCUUCUUGAAGGACUGUGUUGGUCCCGAGGUUGAGAAUGCCGUCUCUUCAGCUUCCUUAGGAUCAGUCAUUCUCCUCGAAAACUUACGAUUCCACAUCGAGGAGGAGGGAUCUGUGAAGAAUAAGGACGGAACGAAGACCAAAGCUGAUGCUGCCAAGGUCACUGAAUUUCGCGAUGGACUUACGAAGCUUGGUGACGUAUAUGUCAACGACGCGUUUGGCACUGCCCACCGUGCGCAUUCAAGUAUGGUCGGCGUUAAGCUCCCACAGAGAGCUGCUGGUUUCUUGGUCAAGAAGGAACUUGAAUUCUUCGCUAAAGCACUCGAGAAACCUGAGCGCCCGUUCCUUGCUAUACUUGGUGGUGCCAAGGUUUCGGACAAGAUCCUGUUGAUUGAGAACAUGCUUGAUAAGGUGAACUCUUUAAUCAUCUGUGGAGGAAUGGCCUUUACUUUCAAAAAGACACUGGAGAACAUCUCUAUUGGCAACUCUUUAUUCGACGCCCCAGGAUCCGAAAAGGUCAAAGGUCUGGUAGAGAAGGCCAAGAAGAACAACGUUAAGCUUGUGUUCCCAGUUGACUAUAUCACAGCCGAUAAGUUUGACAAGGAUGCUACGACGGGGACCGCAAGUGAAACCGAGGGCAUUCCUGACGGAUGGAUGGGUCUCGAUGCCGGACCCAAGAGUCAGGAAUUAUUCCGACAAACUGUGCUUGAAGCUGAAACUAUUCUGUGGAAUGGUCCUCCUGGUGUCUUUGAAUUCCCCGCUUUUUCUGCUGGUUCUAAAUCUCUUCUCGACGCCAAUAUCGAGGCUGCGUCAAAAGGCGCAGUUGUGAUUGUCGGUGGCGGUGACACUGCUACUUUGGUUGCUCAGCACAAGAGUGAAGACAAGCUUAGCCACGUUAGUACUGGUGGUGGUGCUAGUCUCGAGCUUUUGGAGGGCAAGAUACUCCCAGGUGUCGCAGAGCUCAGCGAGAAGAUCUGACUAUUAAACAAAUAUUAAAUACUGAAGGACUUUGAAUUAAAAACAUCUUCGUCGGCCACUAUGUAUUUACUGUACAUGAGAUUAGAGAACGAAUCUAGAGUUUACCUUAUUCUCACGG